UCCUCUCUCACGUUUGACAGCGCUGCCUCUUUUUAACCCCUGCCACCGUGCGCUGCGCACUCAUCGCCCUCUAUCCAGCAGACUUUUUUAACUCUUCACUUCAUUGAACCGGCUUGCGUGUGCGUGCUUGUGCUACUCUUCGGUGCAUCGGCCAGAUGGAGGACUACCACAAACCGGACCAGCAGACGGUGCAGGCGCUCAGGAACAUCGCCAACCGACUCAGGAUCAACUCCAUUAAGGCGACAACUGCAGCAGGCAGCGGUCAUCCGACAUCAUGUUGCAGCGUGGCAGAGAUCAUGUCGGUGCUGUUCUUUCAUUCCAUGAAGUACCGACCUGAAGAUCCUCGUAACCCGAACAACGACCGGUUUGUCCUCUCCAAGGGUCAUGCGGCUCCUGUGCUGUACGCCGUGUGGGCGGAGACAGGCUACCUGAAGGAGAACGAGCUCCUCAACCUCCGCAAGGUCGACUCCAUCCUGGAAGGACACCCAGUGCCGAAGCAGCAGUUUGUGGAUGUGGCCACUGGAUCUCUGGGUCAGGGGCUGGGAGCGGCCUGUGGAAUGGCCUACACUGGAAAAUACUUUGACAAGGCCAGCUAUCGCGUGUUCUGCCUGUUGGGUGAUGGAGAGUUGUCAGAGGGCUCGGUGUGGGAGGCCAUGGCCUUCGCCUCCUACUACCAGCUAGACAACCUGGUGGCCAUCCUGGACAUCAACCGGCUGGGUCAGAGCGACCCGACUCCACUGCAGCACCACGUGGAGAAGUACCAGCGACGCUGUGAGGCUUUUGGGUGGCAUGCCAUCAUAGUGGACGGCCACAGUGUGGAGGAGUUAUGUAAAGUGCUGAGUCAACCCCGCCACCAGCCGCUCGCCAUCAUUGCCAAAACCAUUAAGGGCAAAGGGAUCCCAGUGGCUGAGGACAAGAUGGCGUGGCACGGUAAACCCCUGCCCAAAGACAUGGCAGACAGCGUGAUCAAGGAGCUGCAGAGCCGCAUCAUGAGCUGCAACAAGCGCCUCUAUCCUGCCGCACCCAACGAGGACACGCCGCCCGUCAGCCUCCGCAACAUCCGAAUGCCGAGUGCACCCAGCUACAAAGCUGGAGACAAGAUUGCUACGAGGAAGGCGUACGGCAUGGCUCUGGCUAAGCUGGGCCGUUACAACGAGCACGUGGUGGCGAUGGACGGAGACACCAAGAACUCCACCUUCUCUGAGCUCUUUAAAAACGAACACCCCAACCGCUACGUGGAGUGUUACAUUGCAGAGCAGAACAUGGUGAGCGUGGCGAUGGGCUGUGCCGUGCGAGACCGUAACGUGGUGUUCGCCAGCACCUUCGCCACCUUCUUCACCCGAGCCUACGACCAGCUCCGCAUGGCCGCCAUCUCUGAGAGCAACAUCAACCUCUGUGGCUCCCACUGCGGCGUCUCCAUCGGUGAGGAUGGACCCUCUCAGAUGGGUCUGGAGGACCUGGCCAUGUUCAGAGCCAUCCCCACGGCAACCGUCUUCUACCCAAGCGACGGCGUCUCCACUGAGAAGGCUGUGGAGCUGGCUGCCAACACAAAGGGUUUGUGUUUUAUUCGAACAAGCCGCCCAGAGAACAACAUCAUCUACAACUGCAACGAAGACUUCCAUGUUGGACAGGCUAAGGUUGUGUAUAAAACCAAUGACGACCAUGUGACGGUGAUCGGGGCCGGAGUGACUCUGCAUGAGGCUCUGGCUGCUGCUGAAAUCCUGAAGAAAGAGAGAAUUAACAUUCGCGUGAUCGACCCGUUCACCAUCAAACCCCUGGACUCCAAGACCAUCAUCGACAACGCCAGGGCCACCAGAGGACGCAUCAUCACUGUGGAGGACCACUACUACGAAGGUGGUCUCGGUGAGGCAGUUUGCUCUGCGGUGGUGAACGAGACCGGCUUCACCGUCCACCGUCUGGCGGUCUCCCAGGUCCCCCGGAGCGGGAAGCCCCACGAGCUCCUCCGGAUUUUCGGCAUCGAUCGCGAUGCCAUCGCUCAGGCAGUCCGUAAGUUGCUCAGCAGCUCUGCCAACGCCAAGUAAGACGGCUCCCGAGAGCGACAGCAGCUUGAACAACCUGGUAAAUGACUCUGUGGUUAACUGGCGAACACCAUAGAGACGACAAAUAAACCGACACAGGACAGAGGGGUAGCGCUUCUGGCCACUCACGCUCUCCUCCACUUGAAACAAAAUCCUAAAAAUAAAAUGUUUUUUCUCUGUCAUCAAUGUGGUCUGAUCCCCCCCCCCACCAACCAACCAACCCCAGAUGUUUACCUUAUCAUUUAGUGAGUUCAGUAAACACACCUCCUCCCCUUCACUCACACAGAUGUCCACAACUCCACCCUCUAGUCCAUUCCUGCCUCCGUGAGAAAGUUCUGGUGCUGCUGUAGUUUCAAUGGUUUGGAGUAAACUCGAGUAUUUUUUUCAUAUUUUCUGUGGAAAUCCCGCCCCCCCCCCUCCCCUCACCUAUUGGGCUCAGCGUUUUGAACGUCUGCACCCAGUUUGACUUUGUAAAUCCCACCCCGGUAGAGCCAGCAGGGUGUGGAGAAACGGGUCUGUUUGCGCACUGACUGUUUUUAACCCUUUUGACUUGGAUGGGACUGUUUCACACCAAUAAAGGGAUCGUUUCUUCACAAUA